AUGACUCCUAAGCUUCCAUCUGCGCGCAAACGCGGUAGGCCGUCACUGAACCGCGCCUCUUGGCCCUAUGAGGCGUAUCCUCCUGGGCGGAAUGAAUUCAAUUCAAUGAACCGCGCCUCAUCAUCACCAGAUUAUCCAACCCAGCGAUCGUUACACGCAGCGCAGCGCAUUCAUCAAGCAUGUGGCAUGUGGCCAACUGAGUUCUGCAAAGGUUUUGUACCUGAGACUUGGGGUGUUCGACUUAUCGAGAGCCUUUCUACAUUGAAGGUUUUCGCCACUAGCCAUCCGCGCUCAGAUCGCCCGCGACUUCGUGAGCUAGAUAUAGCAAAGGUGCGGAAGUGGCUACGUGGGAUGGGUAUUGAUACUAAACAAACACGGCGAUGGAAUGGACGUGCGGAUGAUGAGGAUCGGACUGCGGAGAAAGAUCUCAGCAAAUACGGAGACAAAAAUGAAGAAGAGACUGGAGAAGAUCCCGACUUGACUGUCGAAGACGAAGAGAGCGCCCCUCAUAAACGAAAUCUUUGGUCGCGAAGCAGAGACAUCGGUGAUAUUCAGGAUGAUGAGCCUAUGGAGGACACCAUAGCGGCCAAUCCUAGGUCUGGGCCUGCUAUAAUCAAUGGACAAUCCAGGGGCAGUCCUGUCGCCUCCAGCUCCGGCUCCAGCUCCGGCUCCAACGCAGCCGAGUCAAGCGCUUGCCCUCGGCGCGACUUUCAACCACCAUCUCGCUUGGCUCAUGAUACCUCCCGGAGCUCUAUUCGCCGUCCAGAGGGACCAGAUGAACAAGCCUCCCAAACGACGGCGCCUCUCACCUCUGCUUCUCAGAACGCCCAGGGUGCUCAACGAUCUGGUGUGCAACCGCUCAAGCAAACAGCGUCAUCUGUUCCGGGCCAUCCUCAGACUCCCGUGUCUUUUCCUGCGACAACUCCACAGGGCACUACGCGUCCUCCGCAACAACAAGGCAGCCAGGGAUCAGCAACCGCGGCUCAGAACUCUGUACAGCUUCGCGCACAAUCAUCAGCAUCUCUACCCACCCCCCAGAGCGCGCGACAGCCUGACCAGCAAUCAAGUAGUCAGCCAUCCAUGUCCGGAACGAGUUCUCAAAGCCCCUCGACUCCUCGCGCACAAGCCAGCUCGCAGCCAGCACUGUCUCGUUGUACCGGCACUACUUCUCAGGCCUCCCAGAGCUUUCAGCAGCAACCGAACCACCGACCAUCGGCGUCUAUCAAUACGACUCCUCAAGCAUCUCUACACUCCCACCUAGGAGGCAGUCAACCAUCGACACCUCGUCCCAUCGCCCCUGCUAGGGCUAACAAGCGCCCUGCUCCGCCAUCGCCAGUAAACACAUUUACAUCCACCAACAACUUCAUCAACCGCACAGCGGCGAGCAUUUCAGAAUCACUCACAGCCCCUUUAACCAAAAGACAAAAGACUGCUGACAUUCAAUGUCCAAGUUCACAGGUGACUGGAUCAUUGGAUUGGAACGCUCUUCUUCCCACCGGAGACGAAUUCAGAGCAAGCUUGAAGGCUGCUUCGGCUGCCUUAUUUCCUCAUAUCAAGAGCUUCGAAGAACUUUUAACAUCCAUCAAUGACGAACACUGCCGACUCACCGCAUUUGAGCGCAGCCUCAGACCUACAAAGAACGAGCAAGCAACGGAACAGGAAAAAGCCCAAGACGCGCUCAAGGAUGUCGAGAAAUCAAUGGCCACCGAGAACAAGUUGCUCAGGGACCUGGAAGAUCUCUACAACAAAUAUCCUGGAGAUAACGAACUUCGCACGUUCCUGGAUAAACGAAGACGAACGGUUCGCGAACAUGAAGAGGUAUAUACCGCGGUCAAAAUCCAACUUGACAAGAGUGCUUCUGGGCUUUUCAAAACCGAUAGCAAGAUUGCGUUGGCUACCAAGAGGAUUGGGCAGCUUGAAGCCGAGAAGGCCGAGGUCAUGAAAGAGAAGAUGGGGAUUAAUACGGCGGCGAAACGAUUAAUGCUUAUAUCUCGUUUUAUAGAACCCGGCUGGCAAGCUAGACUGGCUAUGGUUGAGGAGGCUUUGGGAGAAGAAGUUAUGCAGUUUGCAUUUUCAUAG